AUGGUUAUGUCAUUCAACUGUGCAGUGGAAGCUAAAGAUGGAACUAUCUCCGUGGCUACUGCAUUUGCCGGUCACCAACAAGCUGUGCAAGACAGCGACCACAAAUUCCUAACCCAAGCUGUUGAAGAAGCUUACAAGGGAGUUGAUUGUGGUGAUGGUGGUCCAUUUGGUGCCGUUAUUGUGCAUAAGAACGAGGUAGUCGCUAGCUGCCACAAUAUGGUUUUGAAAUACACAGACCCAACUGCACAUGCCGAGGUCACAGCCAUUAGAGAGGCGUGCAAGAAGCUUAACCAAAUCGAGCUAUCAGAAUGCGAGAUUUACGCAUCUUGUGAGCCGUGCCCCAUGUGCUUUGGAGCUAUCCAUCUCUCAAGAUUGAAGAGAUUGGUUUAUGGAGCCAAAGCCGAAGCCGCCAUAGCCAUCGGGUUUGAUGACUUCAUAGCUGAUGCUCUGAGAGGCACCGGGGUUUACCAGAAAUCUAACCUGGAGAUCAUAAAAGCUGACGGGAACGGCGCCGUUAUUGCUGAGCAAGUUUUCCAGAACACUAAGGAGAAGUUCCGUUUAUACUAG